UCUCAGGAAGAAGAAGACGACCCCAACAAAGAAGAGUAAAGCCAGGCCGCCCAAAGUUCAAAGAAUCUGUUCUUUGUUGCUUUUAUUUUUCUCUUCUUUUUUGUAUUUUUUUUUUUUUUGGGGUCAAAAACCGAAGAAAAAAUAUUAGCAGAUCGCUUCAGUUGAGUUCCCAAUUCCCAAUUAGCAAAACGAGUGUCGUUCCUCUUCUGAGCUCCCAACAUUCUCUCUCUCUCUCUCUCUUCUGAUAUUCGCAUGAGCUCUUCUUCUUACUUAGGAUCCUCGGAAACCCCAAAAUCCGUGUCUUUGUGGGCGUCGAAACGAUGGCGUUUUGGUGGCCUCUUCUCGUUUUGGCCUUCGCUUACGCUCUCUGCAGGUUCCUCUUGAUGCUCAUUCCCCCAAAUGUCCCUUCCAUUGACGUCGACGCUUCUGAUGUGAUGGACGACAAGAAUCAGAUCCCAGAAAACAGUUUCAUUUAUAUACCCCCAAGGGGAAGGACCCAGUCGGAUACGAAAGUUCAGUGCUAUGAACCCGCAACUAUGAAAUAUCUCGGAUAUCUUCCUGCUUUGACACCUGAUGAGGUCAGGGUGCGUGUGGUACAGGCAAGGAAGGCACAGAAAGUAUGGGAAAAGAGUAGCUUCAAGCAAAGACGUCAGUUCCUUAGGAUACUUCUAAAGUAUAUAAUUGAACACCAAGAGCUUAUAUGCGAAAUUUCUUCACGUGAUACUGGAAAGACAAUGGUCGAUGCCUCUUUGGGAGAAAUAAUGACAACUUGUGAGAAGAUCACCUGGCUUCUCUCAGAGGGUGAGAAGUGGCUGAAGCCUGAAUACCGAUCUUCUGGACGAUCAAUGCUUCACAAGAGAUCGAGAGUGGAAUUUCACCCACUUGGUGUUAUUGGUGCCAUCGUUUCGUGGAACUAUCCUUUCCACAAUAUUUUCAAUCCAAUGCUGGCAGCUGUCUUUUCAGGAAAUAGUGUUGUGAUUAAGGUUUCAGAGCAUGCAAGUUGGUCUGGAUGUUUCUACUUUAGAAUAAUCCAGUCAGCCCUUGCUGCUGUAGGAGCUCCAGAAAAUUUGGUUGAAAUUAUCACCGGGUUUGCUGAAACAGGAGAAGCUCUGGUGUCUUCAGUUGACAAAAUAAUAUUUGUAGGGUCACCUGGUGUCGGUAGGAUGAUAAUGAGAAAAGCUUCAGAGACACUUAUACCAGUUACGCUUGAACUUGGUGGGAAAGAUGCAUUUAUUGUGUGCGAUGAUGUUGAUGUGGAACGUGUCGCACAAAUUGCUGUCCGGGGUGUUCUUCAAUCGAGUGGACAGAACUGUGCAGGAGCAGAGAGGUUUUAUGUUCAUAAGGACAUUUAUUCUUCCUUUGUUAGCCAAGUUGCCAAAAUCAUUAAAGCUGUUUCAGUGGGCCCACCACUUUCUGGAAGGUAUGAUAUGGGAGCCAUAUGCUUGCAAGAGCAUUCUGAGAGGCUUCAAAGCCUUGUAAACGAUGCCAUAGAAAAAGGAGCAGAAAUUAUUGCUCGUGGAAGCUUCGGCCAUAUUGGUGAAGGUGCAGUUGAUCAGUUUUUCCCCCCAACUGUGCUUGGGAAUGUAAAACACACGAUGAAGUUGAUGCAGGAAGAGGCAUUUGGACCAAUCAUGCCAAUAAUGAAGUUUAGUACUGACGAAGAGGCUAUCAAGCUUGCAAAUGACUCAAGGUAUGGUCUUGGCUGUGCUGUUUUUUCAGGAAGUCAGCGACGUGCCAGAGAGAUAGCUUCACAGAUACAAUGUGGAGUUGUUGCUAUAAACGAUUUUGCAUCAACUUACAUGUGUCAGUCCCUGCCAUUUGGUGGUGUAAAAGACAGUGGAUUUGGAAGAUUUGCUGGUGUAGAAGGAUUGCGUGCUUGCUGUCUUGUGAAAUCCGUUGUCGAGGAUAGAUGGUGGCCAUACAUCAAAACCAAGAUACCAAAGCCUAUUCAGUAUCCGAUUUCGGAGAAUUGUUUCGAGUUUCAGGAGUCGCUUGUUGAAACACUCUAUGGCCUGAACAUAUGGGAUCGUCUGAGAGCAUUGGUCAAUGUUCUAAAGAUGAUUUCGGAGCAGCAAAACGCUUCUGAUAACAACAGCAGCAGCACGAGAAGAAAUGACUAAGCAUGACGCGUGAGGCUUAGCGACUUUUUCAACGGUUCAACAGAGUCAAGCACCCAUGUUUCAAGGAUAUCUGGGACUUUAGACUUCCUAUUUGUGCAACAGCUAGUGUUGAGCACUGUCCUAAUUGUCUUUUAGUUUUUGUGUCGAAUUACAUUUGGUAAUAUAUUUAUCUUUUGGAAGGAAGGAAAUAGACCAAAUUAUGAAUUAUGAGAGGAGUAAACAAUAGGAAAUCUUUACGUUUUUUUUUUUUUUUUUUUUGAGAAGAUGCAACCCCUUGUUUUGCUCUAGUGCACGUUUAUAAAAACCGUAGAUCAA